UUGCAUUUGCUAAAGCCUGUCUUGUUUUCCUAAUCUUGCUGAUCCAACGAGAGGCCAAAACCUGGCCCUAAGCUAAAUCAUGACCCUGGAGUGACCUAUGAUCCCAGACUGAGUUACCAGGCUUAGGUGGACGCUUCUAUCUUGGAGUGAGGCCACUGGAUGGAGUCCCAUCCCCAGAAUCCAGGACAAUCUUGAUUCAGGCUGAACCCCAACACCAGGCUGAGGGCCUACCUGCAGCUGAGCCCUGACCUCAGCUGAAACGCAUCUCUGCCUUCCCUUCAACUUUCAGCCUAUACUGAGCCUUAAUCUCUGACUGAGUUUACAUCUAGACAGAUCUCAGGAUCAGUUUGAGGUACUCGAGCGGCACACGCAGUGGGGUCUGGACCUGUUGGACAGAUACGUGAAGUUCGUGAAAGAGAGGACGGAGGUGGAGCAGGCUUAUGCAAAGCAGCUGCGGAGCCUGGUGAAAAAAUACAUGCCCAAAAGACCUGCCAAAGAUGACCCUGAAUCCAAGUUCAGCCAGCAACAGUCCUUUGUGCAGAUUCUGCAGGAGGUGAAUGAUUUUGCUGGCCAGCGGGAGCUGGUGGCUGAGAACCUCAGCGUGCGUGUAUGUCUUGAGCUGGCCAAGUACUCGCAGGAGAUGAAACAGGAGAGAAAGAUGCACUUCCAAGAAGGUCGUCGGGCCCAGCAGCAGCUGGAAAGUGGCUUCAAGCAGCUGGAGAAUAGUAAACGUAAAUUUGAACGGGACUGCCGGGAGGCUGAGAAGGCAGCCCAGACCGCUGAGAGGCUUGACCAGGAUAUCAACGCCACCAAGGCUGAUGUGGAGAAGGCCAAACAACAAGCCCACCUUCGGAGUCACAUGGCAGAAGAAAGCAAAAAUGAGUAUGCAGCCCAACUACAGCGCUUCAACCGUGACCAGUCUCACUUCUAUUUUUCCCAGAUGCCUCAGAUAUUUGAUAAGCUGCAGGACAUGGACGAGCGGCGGGCCACCCACCUGGGGGCUGGUUACGGGCUGCUUUCAGAGACUGAGCUGGAGGUGGUGCCCAUCAUCGCCAAGUGUUUGGAGGGCAUGAAGGUGGCCGCAGAUGCUGUGAAUGCCAAGAACGAUUCCCAGGUCCUAAUUGAGCUGCACAAGUCAGGCUUUGCCCGUCCGGGUGACGUGGAAUUCGAAGACUUCAGCCAGCCCAUGAACCGAGUGCCCUCGGACAGCAGCCUGGGUACCCCCUCCGAUGGACGGCCAGAGCUCCGAGGCGCGAGCCGCAGCCGGGCUAAGCGCUGGCCAUUCGGCAAGAAGAACAAGACAGUGGUGACUGAGGAUUUCAGCCACUUGCCCCCGGAGCAGCAGAGAAAGCGACUGCAGCAGCAGCUGGAAGAACGGAACCGUGAACUACAGAAGGAGAUGGACCAGAGGGAGGCCCUGAAGAAAAUGAAGGAUGUGUAUGAAAAGACACCCCAGAUGGGAGACCCAGCCAGCUUGGAACCCCGGAUCACGGAAACCCUGAACAACAUCGAACGGCUGAAACUGGAAGUACAGAAGUAUGAGGCUUGGCUGGCAGAAGCUGAGAGCCGGGUCCUAAGCAACCGGGGAGACACCCUGGGCCGGCACACCCGGCCUCCAGACCCCCCAGCCAGCGCGCCGCCGGACAGCAGCAGCAACAGCAACAAUGGAUCUCAAGAGAACAAGGAGAGCUCUGAAGAGCCCCCCUCUGAGGAGGGUCAGGACGCCCCCAUCUACACGGAGUUUGAUGAGGAAUUUGAGGAGGAGCCCGCCUCCCCCAUCGGUCACUGUGUGGCCAUCUACCACUUUGAAGGGUCCAGCGAGGGCACCAUCUCUAUGGCAGAGGGCGAGGACCUCAGUCUCAUGGAAGAGGACAAAGGCGAUGGGUGGACCCGAGUCAGGCGGAAACAGGGAGGUGAGGGCUAUGUGCCCACCUCUUACCUCCGCGUCAUGCUCAACUGAACCCUGCUGGAAGCGGGAAGAGGGGGGCUGUUGGCUGCUGCUUCUGGGCCACGGGGGGCCCCAGGACCUACGCACUUUAUUUCUGCCCCCGUGGCUUUGGCUGAGACCUGUGUAACCUGCUGCCCCCCACCCCCACCCCCUCACUCCUCUCCCGAGAUGGACCCGCUGUGCCUUCUACCAUUGAUGUACAUACUCAUGUUUCAAAUCUUUUUUCUUCCUGCCGCUCGGCUAGGGUCAUUUUGUUUUAUAUAAAAAAUGAUGAAAAAC